CUAAAGAUUGAAUCUUUUUGCUAUUUUGUCACUAAAGAUUGCUCCCCAAAUGGAGAAAGUUAAAGCUUGGGAUAAAGAAAGUCUAAUUACUGAGCUUACUCAAGGGAAAGAGUUUGUAAACCAGUUUGAUCCUCUGGCUUCACCAAAGGAAUGUGAUUUACUUCUUGAGAAAAUACUUUCCUCUCUAGACAAAUCAUUGUCAAUUUUGAAUUGUGAAGUUCUUAAUGGAACAAAUGAUCCUUUUCCUUUGAGGGAUCAAGGCCAAAAUAAGAAAAGAAAGAAAAUGCAGCAAUGGAGCAAACAAGUUAAAGUAUAUGGGACAGAGCUUGAAAGUUUUAAUCAUGAUGAUGGUUAUAGUUGGAGAAAAUAUGGGCAGAAAAACAUUUUAGGAGCUAUUAAUCCAAGGGCUUAUUAUAGGUGCACUCACAGGAAUACAAAAGGCUGUUUUGCAACAAAACAAGUUCAAAAAUCAAAAGAAGACCCUUUAGUCUUUGAAGUGACAUAUAAAGGAAUGCAUAGUUGCAAAACCUCACAAUCAUCAAUAUUCCUUUCAUAUGAAAACCAAAAGCCAAAUCAGUGUCAAAUAAAGAAACAAAGAGUUGAAAAGUUGAAUACUAUCAAAGAAGAAAAUGUUCCUUUCACUCCACCAAAAUGUGAAAGUCAAAAUGCCCAAUUUUUUGCCAAUUCAAUAGAGCCAUUUACAUCAGAAUCCAUGUACUUGUCAUUGUUGCCAAAUCAAGAAGAGGAGUUUGAGAUGGACAAGAUUUUUCAGAGCUCAGAAUCGGAUCGUAUUGUGUUUAGCUCAACGCCAACUUCAAUAAUUGAAUCGCCUUUUUGCAGAGACUGGGAUUCAUCAGUGGAUGAUCAACUUGAUGUUCAUGAUCCUAACUUGAUGAUCGACAUUUCUGAAUAUUUCAACUAAUUUAAGAGUAG